CCUGUGGCUUUGGCGGUAACUCGGCGGCGGUUGCCGAAAGCGCGGGACCGUCAGAGCACCUGCAGAAACGCCGCCAAAUCCGCGUGACCAGCGGACCACCUGCAGGCGCGCCACCGAAGGCCACCUGACUGUCGUGCUUGGGCCGGCAAAAAACAUAGAGCUGCCCCGGUCUGCAUUUGCCGCCUGUGCAAAACUGCAGAGCUGUGAAUUCCCUUUUUGUUUCUAAUACUAGCUCUUCAAUUGGCUGAGUAAAGCAAAGUCUUGCUCUUGGCUCGGUGGCAUUUCUUUCGAACGCCACGUCUGAUCAAUUCCAAGCAAUGGUCGAGGCAGCAGUGGCAGAACCGCAUGGACUGUGAUGAAUUCUCCAGGUUUUGGCUGAAAAAAGUCACUUUUUGACAUUGUCUGCAGAAAAGCCCCUCCUGGUCUGCCCUGCCCUACUAGACACAGAGACCGCCAGCUCCUUGUGGUACUACCUGGCAAUCCUCGCUAGUUCUGCCCGUAGGCUCAUCUCCAAGGGCUUGGCGAGCAUCACUCAGAGUGGCCCCUGAGUGGUCACUGAGCAAUGUCCCCAUGGCAUGGACAGGGAGACAAUUCAGGGCUGGUUUUCCAGAUGAAAUCAAUGGGAGCUGUGGGUAUGUAACAUCCCUGACAAUCAGGCCUUGGGUAAUUGGCCCAAAGCCACAUAGGCAGCAGCGUUCAAAAUCAGGUCUCCUGCCUUCUGCCUGAGUCAUAAGGCCCCACCCUCCCGGGGGCAGGCAGGGGGAGUACCGGGAGCACAGGACAUGCUGCCUGUUUUCUCAUUAAGGAGCUCCUUGCCAGGUGUGUGGCUGUCUCUGAUGGACACGUGGCACUAUCUCUCUCCGAGGCCUUACCUGGCUGGAGUUGACUCGACUUUUUCUCUUUGGGACUUGUAACAACCACUGACAGCUACCCGGAAAGCGCUGCCUUCACUGUAAUUGGUCAUAGUGCUGGGCCUUUUCAGUCUCCCUGCGGCACCUACCCAGCUCCUCUAAAUGCACUCUCAGCCCAUCAGCAUAGCAUUCAUCCAUGGUACCAGCCCUCCCACACAUGCCACCGAUGGAAAUGCUUCCCCAGAAGCAAAGCAGCACCUGUGCACACCAGCUUCACCCAUACUGGCCUGCCAGAGUUGCAGACGCUCUGGCCGCUGUCCAAGGACAGCCUGUGUGGGAUAAGUAGGGAGCUGCAGUGAUCACCUCAGUGGAGCUAGGUUCCCCAUGCUGCUGGUGGAAGUGGAACCCAUGUCACGGUGGUCCCCAGAGAAAGCUGUGCAUCCUCACUCAUCUUAAGUGCCACCUCUCUGGCUUUUGUCACUCAUCACCUUCCAAUCACACGCCUCCCUGGCCCGCUUCCCUCCAGACCUUAAUGCUUAUGGAGCACUUAUUGCCACGCUCUCAGUGCUUUUCCCGAACACUGGGCUCGAAGCUGCCUCCACCUCUCCUACCCGCACCUGCUGGAAACACUGGUGCAAAUUCCCAUUCAGCGUCUUUGGUUCAGCUUUUGGGCUCAGGCAAAACUUCAACUCCCAGGAGAAUUCCUGCUCCCGAACGGAUUAUAAAGGUAAUUUUUCUGUGCAGGAGGAAGAUGGCCACAGGGCCAACACAGAGCUUGGGUCAGACUCAGUGUCUGACCAUGGGCAAGCCACUGCAUGUCUCUCUGGCUCUGCUCCCAUCUUUGUUUUAAAAUACCUACCACACAGGGGUAUUUAACCAAUGAAGCCAGGCCUGACUGGGAAGUGCUUUGAGAGCCUGAGAUGGAAGCACUAGGAAUGCAAAGUGGUCCUGACCGCUGCAGAGAGCUAGUAUUCCCAGAAAGCCACAUUCAAGCUCUUGUCCCAUGGGUGCUGAGGACACCAUCUGCCUGGCCCUAUGACACACAAUCUUGCUUGCCUGCAUCACUGCUUUGUGCCUCACUCCCGCAGCCAACCAGCCGGCUCUGUCUCCCUCUUUGUGGGUCUCCCAGCACCUGGUGCAACUAUCCCCUGCCGAGUUCUGAAGCUUCCAUGAACUGGGGGGUAUCUAACGACUCCAGCCCAUUGCUUUGGCUUCCAAAACUGGUGCCAAGCAAUACAGUCCAGCGUAAUUGGGAUUCAUCACCAAGCCCCUCGCACUGAUAAACACCCUUUGCCUGCAGCACAGGAAGUGUUUCUCUGCAUGCUGGCUCGUGUGGUCAUGGCGUACACUCAGAGAGGGAGAAACAAAACAUUGCAACCUUCAAGGAAGAGCAUCUAUGUAACACGCCUGUAUUGUUUAGAACCCGGAACCCUAACACGCAAGCCAAAUACAGAGAGAGACGAAGCAGGCUGCACCCUAAGGCAGAGAGGCACAAGUCACCCCAUCUUGUUCUUUUGUUGAUGGCCCGUUGAGGUCCCAGACCACACAGCUUUCCUCAGAGCCCCCUAGCCUGCAAGCAGGAUCAGGAAACCCCUUACAUGUUUAAAGUAACAGCUUUUAAUCUGAACGCAGUUUUCAAUGCACGACAUCUCUUCACCUUUCCGCACUGGAUCUGACACAAGGUUCCCAUUUCCCAGCAGGGCUCCUGGGCACUUCCCUCCAUUACGAACAGGUGGCCUUUGGCCUGAGCUGCUUUCCGAAUGGGACCACCUGUGUUGUGGCUGGCCUCACAGGAGUCUGUCCCCAUGGCAGGACAUGGUCCCUCGCUCUGCUCACGGCCCUGACUGGUGGCUCGGCACCUGUGAUGUGCUGUCACACUUCCCCCGCACACAUGCUGCUCUCGGCGCGCUGUAGCCAGGCCAGGCCCACAAGCCCCCAAGGAUCCCACUCAGGAGCAUUCAGCUGCUGGGUCAGCCCGUUGGAGGUCAGGCAGCGUCCCCCCACCCCCGCUCCUCCUCACGCCGCUGAGCAGGAGCGGAGCUCCGUCUGGAAAGCUGCACGCUACCGCCCAGCCGAGCAGUGUUAUUUAGUAAAUCUGUUCCCAGCCCUCUGUUUUCCGGCUUAUCUGGGCAGCGCUGUUUGCGCUGGUGGGGUUUGGGUGGAAGCGGCAGGCACUGUUUUUGGAGCGCAGUUAAUUUUUAACCACCCCAGGGCAGUUCUUUCCUGGGUGUAGGAACCAGCUUUUCCUUUUCAGAACGACCCCAAUCUUCCACUGGCCAUUCUCCCUCGAGCCCUCAACACUGUAUGGGAAGGAGUCCCAUCCUUCAAGCCAGGUCCUUCCUCUGGGACUCCUGCCUCCACGCGCGCACUGCCCCUCCCCCUGAAAUCCCGUCCGUGCCACGGGGUCCCUGGGCGGUGCCGUGGGGCAGGCGGUGGGCUGAAGGCGUUGCUGAGUGGGGUCCACAGUGGGGUCAGUGGGGCACAGCAUGCCAUUAGCAGUGGCCGCCUCUUGCGUGAGUCAGAGCUUCACACCACUUGUUUGCUUUAGCUGAGGCAUAAGAUAAAGAGCCGCCGCGCUUGCUGCACAGUUUCAGCUCUGAGCAGAAAGGCGACAUGGCCAGGACCAGGCUCCCCAGCCCUCCGCUCUGCUGCUUGGCUUUGACCUUCUCCGCGCUCUUUGGUGCUGGGCCGUGUGUGGAGGUGACAGUCCCACAGGACCCUGUGAUGCAAGAACGAGGCUCCAGUGUGGAACUUCCCUGCCACUAUAAAACCUCGGUUGACAAAAAUUUCAUGCUGGAGUGGAAGUUUGCGCCAGCCUCUGUAGCGCCUGAGCAGGGCAAGCAGAUCCUCUACUUCACUAAUGACAAGCUGUACAAGCCCGGCUCUCAGGCCGAACGGCUCAGCCUCCUGCACGACCCUCCCACCAUGGGGGAUGCGACUCUUCAGCUAGCCAACGUCCGCCCCUCGGACAACGGCACGUACAUCUGCGUGGUGAACAACCCCCCGGACUUCUACGGCAGCGGCUCAGGGCUCAUCCACUUCACUGUGCUGAUGCCUCCAUCUACCCCUGUUUGUAAAGUGACAGAAUAUGCCCGGAUUGGGGGUGAUGCCACACUGACCUGCAGCUCUGUGGAGGGGGUGCCCACCCCGAUUUACGCCUGGUCACGGGUGGACUCCAAGACCUCGUUGCCAUUGGCCAAUAUGGUGCAAGAUGACCAAACAGGGAAGCUGCAGCUGACAAACCUCUCGCUGGCAUUCUCAGGGACCUACCAGUGCGUGGCCUCCAACCAGUUCGGCCACGCCAGCUGCCAAGUGACAGUUAACGUGUCAGGCACUGCAGAAGCUGGAGCGACCGCAGGAGCUGUGAUAGGAGUGCUGCUGGUGCUCUUGCUGCUCGGGGCAGCUGCCAUCUAUCUGUUCUGGUACAGAAAGAAGGACAAGAAGGAGUCUCAAUCCACGUACACCGGGAACGAUAUAAGGGAGGAUGCCACUGCCCCGGGGAUCUCAGACACCUCCUUGCAGAGACAAGACAGCGACCCCGGGAGCCAUUUCCUGGAGCAGCCGGUGUCAAGGCCAGAGUCCGCCAGCACCACCAAGUCCAGACUCAACAUGGUUGUGUGAGCGGGGAGGUGGCGCUGGCUCCUGUUCAGCUCAGAAACCUCAGCUGGAUUUUGAUACGUGACCCCCCCCCCUUUUUUUUUUUUUAAAUAAUGAAGGUUUUUACUGUCUCCUAUUUACUGGCUGGGGGGACCAUGCAGGGACCCAUCGAACAGCCUAGUAAACACUUCCUCUGUUAUACACUU